CUCCUUUGAAAAGCAGGAAGCUGGGAAUUUCAUUGUAAGGGUUUCCUGGGCCUCGCAGGAGCCGUUGCCUUCGCCUCUCAGCCUGUUCUGGGGCUUGUCCUAGGCACCCCCCCCUGCACCUUUGGUUGCUGGAAGGAAGACAGGAUGGAUCUGAUGCAGAGAAAAUGCCUUCUCCAUGUGGCUGUGAUGGGCGCUCUCAUGGCUGUGGGGGUCACAGAAGGACCCACAGACUGGGACUGGCUUGGUGUAUCGAGGCAGCUCAGAACUAAAGCCUGGAAUAGGGAGCUGUAUCCAGAGUGGACAGAAAAACAGGGACCUGACUGCUGGAGAGGUGGCCCGGUGGCCCUGAAGGUCAACAAUGAUGGGCCUACGCUGGUCGGGGCAAAUGCUUCCUUUUCUAUUACCCUGCACUUCCCUGAAAGCCAAAAGGUGCUGCCAGAUGGGCAGGUCAUCUGGGCCAAUGACACUAUCAUCAAUGGGAGCCAGGUGUGGAUAGGCCAGCCAGUGUAUCCCCAGGAACCUGAUGAUGCCUGCAUCUUCCCUGAUGGGGGGCCCUGCCCAUCUGACCCUUGGUCUCGGAGGAGAAGAUUUGUUUAUGUCUGGAAGACCUGGGGCCAAUACUGGCAAAUUCUGGGAGGCCCGGUGUCAGGGCUGAGCAUUGAGACAGGCACAGCAUUGCUGGGCACACACACCAUGGAAGUGACUGUCUACCACCGCCGAGGAGCCCAGAGCUAUGUGCCCCUCGCUCAGGCCAGCUCUGCCUUCAUCAUUACUGACCAGGUGCCCUUCUCUGUGAGCGUGUCCCAGAUGCAGGCCUUGGAUGGAGGGAACAAGCGCUUCCUGAGAAAUCAACCUCUGCUCUUUGCCCUCCAGCUCCAUGACCCCAGUGGAUAUUUGUCUGGGGCUGACCUCUCCUAUACCUGGGACUUUGGAGACAGCACUGGGACCCUGAUCUCUCGGGCACUUGUGGUCACUCACACUUACCUAGAGUCUGGCCCGGUCACUGCCCGGGUGGUACUUCAGGCUGCCAUUCCUCUCCUCUCCUGUGGCUCCUCCCCAAUUCCAGGCACCACAGAUGGGCUAGCGCCGACAGAGGUCAUAGGUACUACACCUGGUCAAGUGCCAACUGCAGAGCCCUCUGGAGCCACAGCUGUUCAGGUGCCAACCACAGAGGUCAUAGGUACUACACCUGGUCAAGUGCCAACUGCAGAGCCCUCUGGAGCCACAGCUGUUCAGGUGCCAACCACAGAGGUCAUAGGUAUUACACCUGAGCAGGUGCCAACCUCAGAGGUCAUAGGUACCACACUUGCAGAGAUGCCAGCUACAGAGGUCAUAGACACUACACCUGUGCAAGUGUCAACUGCAGAGGGCAUAGAUAUUACACCUGAGCAGGUGCCAACCUCAGAGGUCAUAGGUAUCACACUUGCAGAGAUGCCAGCUACAGAGGUCAUAGGUACACCUGAAGUGUCAACUGCAGAGCCCUCUGAAACCACAGUUGCACAGGUAACAACUACAGAGCUGGUGGAGACCACAGCGGGAGAGGUAUCCACACCUGAGCCUGAGGGUCCAGAUUCCAGCCCAUUCAUGCCUACUACAGAAGGUAUUACAGGCUCCCAGAGCCCCCUGCUGGAUGACACAGCCACCUUAAUGCUGGUGAAGCGACAAGUCCCCUUGGAUUGUGUUCUAUAUCGAUAUGGUUCCUUUUCCCUCACCUUGGACAUUGUCCAGGGUAUUGAGAGUGCUGAGAUCCUGCAGGCUGUGCCAUCCAGCGAAGGGGAUGCAUUCGAAUUGACUGUGUCUUGCCAAGGCGGGCUGCCCAAGGAAGCCUGUAUGGACAUCUCAUCGCCAGGGUGUCAGCCCCCUGCCCAGCGGCUGUGCCAGCCUGUGGCACCCAGCCCAGCCUGCCAGCUAGUUCUGUACCAGGAACUGAAUGGCGGCUCGGGGACCUACUGCCUCAAUGUGUCUUUGGCUGAUGCCAACAGCCUGGCAAUUGUCAGCACCCAGCUUGUCAUGCCUGGUCAAGAAGCAGGCCUUGGGCAGGCUCCCCUGUUCAUGGGCAUCUUGCUGGUAUUGAUGGCUGUGGUGCUUGCAUCUCUGAUAUAUAGGCGCAGACUUAUGAAGCAAGGCUCAUCUAUCUUCCUUCCCCAGCUGCCACAUGGUAGCACCCACUGGCUGCGUCUGCCCCGAGUCUUCCGCUCUUGCUCCGUUGGUGAGAGCAGCCCCCUCCUUAGUGGGCAGCAACAGGUCUGAGUACUCUCAUGUGAUGCCAUGAUUUAUCCAAGGUGGACAGCAAUGCCUAUUCUUUCCUCCAGUCUCCCCUUGGAGGCUCCCACUACCUGAAAUAAAUACUCAGAACCUG